GCAGUGAAGCGCUAACAUACGCUGAGCUUCCGCGAGACAGGUCACCGAGAUACAACGCUUAUUUGUUCAGUUUUUGUUUCUCUCGAAAUCUGUAUAAUUACGUAGUAUAAUUCAUGAUAACUUUUCUGUUUUUUUUCCCUUGGCUAUUUUAACGAAACGAACAUUUAAUAUUUAUCCCAUCUGACGCUACUAUAUAUCAGAUACCCACUGUGUGAAACGUUAGCCUGUUAGCUUCUCGGAUUUAGAAUUAGGAACCAAAUAUGACCUCAAAAACGAAAGUGGGAAAGGUUGGCUCCAAAAGCAAAGUAGAUGCUCCUCAUGAGCUGGAGAGUCAGUUUGUUCUGCGGCUUCCUCAGGAAUAUGCCUCCACAGUCAGACGGAUUGCCCAGUCUAGCAGCAUGAACAUGAAAGACAGACUUACUAUAGAGUUGCAUGCCGAUGGUCGCCAUGGGAUUGUACGUGUGGAUCGUGUCCCUUUAGCGUGUAAAUUAGUAGAUUUACCCUGCAUCCUGGAGUCAUUAAAAACGGUUGACAAAAAGACCUUCUAUAAGACUGCUGAUAUCUGUCAGAUGCUGGUAUGCACACUGGAUGGAGACUUGUAUCCCCCUCUAGAGGAGCCCACAGGCACUACAGACCCCAAAAGCAAAAAGAAAGACAAGGACAAAGACAAGAAAUUUGUUUGGAACCAUGGCAUUACCCUUCCUCUGAAGAACACAAGGAAGAGGCGGUUCAGGAAGACAGCGAAGAAGAAGUACAUUGAGUCUCCUGAUGUGGAAAAGGAGAUGAAGAGGCUCUUAAGCACAGAUGCCGAAGCCGUCAGUGUUCGAUGGGAGGUGAUUGCUGAGGAUGAGACCAAAGAACCUGACAAUAGCUUUUCUCUGUCCAACUUGGAGUCUUCGCCUGGAACCUCGGGACACAAGGGUCACGGCUCUUCAGUCCAACACGACGAGCUACGCGAGAUCUUCAAUGACAUCAGCAGCAGCAGCGAGGAUGAGGACGAGGAGGGUGAACGACAUGAGGACGAAGACCUUAACAUCAUGGACACUGAAGACGACAUGGUCAGGCAGCUCCAUGAGAAACUGAAUGAGACCGAUGGAGGCAGAGACGAGAAUAACUGCACCAGUCAGAUCGUAAUGGAGUACCAGCUACAGAUCAACAAUUUGAAGGCCAAGCUUCAGGAAACACGUGCCCGCAAGAAGCAACAGGAAAAAUUGAUAAUGGAGGUGGAAAAUCAAGCCCUGAGGGAUCGUUUCCAGGGUCUUUUGAAUGGUAUGAUUCAUCAAGAAGAGCAAGAAAUGGAACAGCUGGCCUCCCUUCAAGAGCAGCUGGACUCACUGAUCGAGAAGUGAUGUUCACAAUUACCAAGAUACUGCUAUACAAAGACUCUAACCAGAGGCGACUACUGAACACAUCACCGGCUUUACUGCAUGUAUUAGCUGAAUUUGAAUACCCCAUUUGUGUUGUGAGGCUCAAAAAAUUGUCAACCGAUGGCUCGUCACACAAGUAUCUUCUCAAUGCAAGAUUGUGUAUUUGUACUUUUUGUGACUUUGUCAACAUUUAGUAAACAGCAGUAUUUUUUGUUUAAAUAAAAUCAUGUAUGAAA